UACCUUAAAACCCUAGUUUCUCCCACUUUAUUCCUUUCGAACCGCUUUGGUUACUACCUUAGUCUCUUCUUUUUCUCGGUCUAGUUUUCUUUCUGAAACCCUAGAAAUUGAGAGUUUUAGACAUUUUUCUUCAGAAUAGUAGAGGUGGAUUUCUACUCAGAGGAGCUAGUUAGGAGUUCUUGAGAUUUUUCGAUUUUGCACUUCUUCAUCAGCAAGCAAAAGGUAACCUGAGGCUUAUUGACAUGGCGGAAUUUAAGUUUUAUUUGUGAGCUGCCAGUGAUAUCCAAUGUCUGUUAACCAGGGUCCUACACUUGCUGCAAAUCACCAAAGAAAUCAAAGAUGCGGGUCAAGAUCGAUCGACUCUCCUAUAGACGUGAAAGAGAUUACAAUUACGGCCGAUCUAGAUAUGAUUCCAACAGUGACAUAGGCGGUAAGAGGGAUGUUAAGUGGACGAGGCGUGAUUCCAGUGAUCAUGUGCGUGAUAAAAAAAGUUUGAGUCGGGAGAGAGAUCAAUGUCCACAUAGAAGGUACAAACGAUCUCGAUCUUCUGGGCAUGAUGACCGUCAGAGAUCAAGGUCUCCUCAAGUUUGCACUCGUGGCCGCAGUCACCAAGACAACUAUGGCAAAGACCGAUACAAUAAGAGUGAGGGGCGCAGGAGUCGGGAUGACAGACAAAGUCAUGAAUAUUCUUCAAUAACUCCAACUGCUACGGUUGAGGUGAAGGGUUUAUCGAAACAGACAACUGAGGAAAAUAUUCAUCGGAUUCUAGCGGAAUGGAGGCCCUUUCUGCAUGUCCGAGUGAUGAGAAGAAGGAAAUCUAGUGUCUGCCGCGGAAUUGCUUUCAUUGAUUUUCCAUCUGUGGCAGAAGCUCAGAAGAUGAUGGAUGUAGUUGGAGAUUGCGGCCUCGAUGUUAAUGGGCAGAAGCUGUCUUUUGAGUACAGAAAAACAAAUGAUUAUGGAAGAAGGGAGUGUGUAGCAGUUACUUCGGAAAACAUUGCGGCUGUCCCUAUUGUAGAAGAACUUGAGAUUGGUAACCUCCAGCCUGACUCUUCGUCAGAUUGUAUUUCUACAUCUAUCUCCCAAGAAGAUCUUGAAGAACUAAUGAUUUGUAUCAAGAAAGAUCCAUAUUUGGAACCUAUUGUGGAAGAUAUCGAGAUUGGUGGUCCAAUUGUAAUGAUGAGGUACUUGAAUGAUUCAGAGGUUCUGUACAAGUUGGGGCAUGCUAUGGGUUUUGGAGUUUCAGGGGAAGUUGACACAAAGACCACUAUCCAGACCAGCUCAUUGAUGAACAAGUACUGCUGACAAGUCAUGUAUUAACUUUGACUGAGAUGGCUCAUCAUAUUAACAUAUACAGACAACUCAAAAUAAUAGUAAAAUACAAGAAAGCGAAAAGGAAAUCAUUGGUUAUAUCUGUGCCAUAAGCAAGCUAUAUGUGAACUGAUGAUUACAGUGCAGUUUGGCAUGAGAAUUUUUUUUGUUGUAAGCAGAAAAGAUAAUUGAUUAAUAUUAAGAAACUGUUACAUGACUUGCAUCUUCCUGUAAUUGUGAGAUUAUCACAGGAGGAACAGUAUCAACCCAAGUUUCACUAACUUUAUCCACCCUAGCCAAUUUAGAUAGUUUGGCAUGAGAUGCUUAUGGUGAAUGGAAUCUGUACAAAGAUAUCUUCCUGUAAUGGAAAGAUUGUUAGUGUUUGUGAUGCUUAAAAAAAUUUAUCUCGCAAGUCGCAGUAUGAAAUACAAAGGUACAAAAUGAAAUUCUACACAGCAGUUAAAAAGGAAUAUCCCCAUGAAUACCACAGAUCAUG